GUUUCGUCACAAUUAAAUUAAAUGUUAGAUUCACUAUGCAGUAAUAUAAUUCAGAAUAGUAAUAUAAUUUUCUCUUUAAUACUAAAAUUAUAGUACUCAGAAAUUUUGAACCACCUGCUUUAAAGAUGAGUCUAUACUUCGUCACUUAUCAUGCAGAUGGCAAUCACAACUCCCUCUAUUUACUUUCAUUUUGUAAUUCUUUCUUGAGCGAUUCAUUUUUGGAUUGUUUGUUCUUAACAAAAAUAUAAUUGCUCAAGUUUUUAAGUAAUAAUUAUUGCGUUACUUUGAUAUUUCAUCGCCAUGAGUAAACGUAUACGGUCAAUAAAUUGUUGUAAUCCAUUCAAUGAGUCACGUAAGUAACUAAUAUAGUGCACUCGACCUCUUAUGUAUUACCUCUACGUAGAACCAAUUAAAUUAAUGGCCUUGUGUUCAAUAUUGACGUUUGACAUCUAAUUAAUCGAAACUUUUAGAUAAAAAAGGAGUUAAAGAUUUAAGAAAAUUUCCCGACGAAGAUCGUUGGAAAUUUCCUGACUCAGAUGACACUUCAAUGUUAUGUGUGCGUUGUCGAUUCCGUGUCAAAGAAUAUAUUCCGCCGGCAUCAGAGGAAGAGGAAAUUAUUUCAUGUCAAAUUAGUGUUGAAAAUCUGAGUAUAUCAGCUGAAAUUUGUACUCGGGGAAGCGGUUUAUCUCGAACUGUCAGUAAUUUUAGCGACAAUCUAUGUGAUUACAAUGAUCAUUCUUUAGUGUGAUUUUUGAAAAUUCCUCUUAUUGAAAAAGACAGGUUAUAUUCUGAAAAAAAUUAUGGAGUAGAAAAACUCGAUGAGAGCUAUGCUGCCCUAGAGAAUAAGUUCCAAUCACAAUUUGGAAUAGUACCUGAAUCUACCUACAGAAAGAUUAAUCAAGAUCAUUGUUCCAUGAUAGCUAAAAUGAAGAAAUUAUAUAACGCUGAAAGUGACAAAUAAAUUUUUUUAACAAUCUAUCAUUUUAAAAUAUCUUCAUUUUUUCAUAUUAAUACGAUCGAUCGUUUGCUUUACAGAUCAAUAAAAAAGAAGCUGUUUUUAAUUUUACCCGACAGUUAAGAAGUCAGUCGUAUAGCAUCUGAAUUUAACUGUUCUUGAAAAAUGGUACUGAAUCUUAAAAAUGAUAUCAGUGAAUCUGAGAAUGUUGAUUUAGACUCUGGUGAAAUGACUACUAAUAUUUUGAAUCCCACAAAAGUUCCAGGCAUUCAGCCGCUUAAGUUAGAUGUAAAAAAACUUGUCAUUGAUUUUUAUGAAAGCGAAGAAAUUUCAAAACAAUUAGCGGGCAUGAAAGAUUUUAAAUCUGUGAAGGAUUGUGAUGGAAAUUGAACUAGGGUACAAAAAAAGUUGAUUCUUUUGUUUUUAAAAGAAUUGUACCAAAGCUUCAAAGCGCAAUAUAAUUCAGUGGCAAUCGGAUUUUCUAAAUUCGCUAGUUUGAGGCCUACUUAUUGUAGUCUUGCUGGAAGUAGUGGUACACAUGUCGUAUGUGUUUGUACUAUUCAUCAGAAUGUAAAAUUGAUGUUAAAAGGAUGUAAUUUUCCAAAAUUUGCGAAAAACACCAAUUGAGUUGUAGAAUCUCAGCCAAUUUACGAAAAUUUAUUGAAUAAAUUAGUUUGUAACAAUCCAAAAGAAUUGUGCUUUUCCAGAAUGUGCAAUAGUUGUCCAAAUAAUGAAGAAAUCGCUGAUUAUUUUCGUGUGUCGUUUAAUGAAUCUGAUGUUAAUGAAAUCCAAUAUAAAAUGUGGACAUCAACAGACCGUUGUACUAUUGUGAAUGUUACUUCAGAUUCCAAAGACUUCAUCGAGACUUUAGUGACGCAACUUGAUAAGCUUUUGAAACAUGAUUUUAUUGCGAAAACACAAAGUCAAUUUUUUUCUGAUACAAAACUAAAUUUAAAGAGCGGGGAAUUCGCCGUAGUAUUUGACUUUGCGGAAAAUUAUGCAUUAGUUGUGCAGGAAGCAGCUCAAGGCUUUCAUUGGAAUAAUGAUCAAGCUACUAUACUUCCAAUGGUGAUUUAUUAUAACGAAAAUGAUACUAUUAAGCAUUUGAGCUUUGUUGGUAUUUCAGAUUGUCUUAAGCACGACACAGUUUUAAUUUAUAUAUUUCAAGAGCAAUUGAUUGCCUUUCUUAAAAAGAAGUUUGCUGUCAUCAAUACGAUUUUUCACUUCUCUGAUGGAGCUCCACAACAAUUCAAAAACAAGAAAGCAUUUACAAACUUAUGUUAUCAUUAUGCUGACUUCGAAAUCAACGCUGAGUGGCAUUUUUUUGCAACUGCCCAUGGCAAAGGACCAUGCGAUGGUCUUGCGGGUUCAUUAAAACAAUAUGCUGCUAGAGCUUCAUUACAAAUGAACAAUAAAGAGCAUAUACUGAAACCACAAGAUUUGUUUUCCUGGGGAACGAAAAAUUUUACAAGCGUUGACUUUACUUUUAUAGCUAAUGACGAUUAUUUAAUAAAAAAAAAUGUGUUAGACGUACGAUAUUCUUAAUCGAAAACGGUGAAAGGUACAUAGUCAUUACACACUUUUGUGCCUUUAAAAGAUGAAAUUGGUUAUGCUUUCAUUAAAACUGUGUCCACAUCUCAAAAAAGUUCAAAAAUAAAAGUAUUUUAAUUAUAAUGAA